AUGAUAGUUCCAAAGCCCCCUGUAAAAUUGGAGGGCCAUUGCUCGGUCAUUCACAACAACACCCUCUACACCUACUCCACCAAUGGAUUCGCAUCCAUCCCCCUCGAGCGCAAUGGAACCUGGAGUCAAUUGCGCAUGGGAGACCCGGUCUCCGAUGCGGUAUGUGUGACAGGCGGAAUAGACGGUAAGGAAGACCAACAGGCGCUCUACGUGAUCGGUGGCACGGGCUCUUCGACUCCUGCAGGGUUGCAGCGAUACGCUUUCAGCACCAAAGAGUGGACGACCAUGCAGUCAGCUCAGCAGACUAUGCAAAAUCGGACUUCUCACGGCGCGGUAUAUCUGAAAUCUUCGUCCAUUCUGCUGGUCUACGCCGGUAGUCGGACGGAUGGCUCGAAACCUUCGUCAGACACGUUUACUAUCAGCACCGUUCCUCCGUAUACCGUCGACGCUCAUUCAGCAAAGUACCCCACCGCGUCACCUGUGCUUCUGCCUUGGAGCGAUAGCGAAGCGGCUUUGGUAGGUGGUUCGACGACUCCCAAACAGGUCCAUCUAUUCUCGGUCUCGGAUGGCUGGCAUUCCUCCGGUGUAUUCCUCCCCCAGCCUCUGUCCGGCGAUGUGAGAUGCGCCAUAGUAAAUGGAUCGGACGGAAGCAAGGCGCUUGAGUCAUUCGAUAUGAACGCCUCGCCCAACACCGUGAAUAGCGUCGCAUUGCUCAAUCCCGGUGGUCAGCCGGCGCGCCCUGGCACAGUUUUGGGGGCGUCGUCCUCGACGAGAAGAAGGAGAAGGGAUGUUUCCGUGGCCAAUUAUCCGACAUACGACGGAACUUUAGCAUCAUCAACGACCAGAUCGCACUACUCUCUCGCCCAAGGCGAUAACGGAUUGGUUGUCAUCUCCAGCGGCAGUGGCACCGAUUCCCUGGCCAUCUUCAACCAGACAUCUAAUGGCUGGGUCAACGCAACCAAACUCUUCUACGGAGACGAAUCUUCCCAGCAGAUCCUCGCUUCAAUCGCAACAACAACAUCAUCCUCUUCUACGCCAACCGCCACCGGCACCAGUUCGAGUACCAGUACGAGCACCGCCGCCAGUGAUGAUUCAUCUGGCACCAGGGUUGGUACGAUCAUCGGAGCAACUCUUGGCAGUCUGGUGGGCAUUAUCCUAAUCCUAAUCUUAAUUCUCUUCUUCCUGCAUCGCACGAAGCUGGGUCGCAAGCGUGCCAACCAGGGCCACGGCGGCGCCAAUGACAAGGACCGCCUGAGCUUCCAGGAUCAGGGCAUGGAACCUCUGACUCGGUCGGCCUAUCCCAUGGCCAAGAGUCCAGUUCCGCUAGCGUCCACAUCGGUAGACUCGCUCGCCAUCUUCUCUGGCAGGGCGGGCGAUGAAAAGUCUCCCAGGGCAGCCGGUGGAUUCCCAGGCUAUGCACCAAAAUCGACGUCGCUCAAGCCGAGUCCUCUGACCACCGUCCAGUCCAACGGUGACUGGACGCCGUCCAGCACGUCCUCGGUCGGUGCGGACAAGGCCAUCGAGGCGCAAGACCUGGCCCUCGCGGGUAAACCGCCCGGGGACCGCACCACGGACGAGGGCUGGGGCAAGUACUUCCAAGACAACAACGGCACCAAUACCAGCCUAGCCAACACCGCGUCCGUCGCGGCCCCUCGGUCGAAUGCGGAGGAGCGGAUCAGCGCCUGGCCCGGGGCCACCCUCGCCCCGUUGAACUUUGGCUUUCUGGAGGAACCCAAGCCGCUCGGCCGGGUGGUCACUGGCAGCCCCACGACCGAGAACGGACCCAAGAUCAGCCAGAUGCUGCGGCGCGCCGAGUCGCAGUCCGCCCGCAUCUCCAGCGCCAGCUCCCUGAGCGCCGCCUCGGACACGGAUUACGAUCACGACCAUGACCGCCGCGACGGCGCCUCGACGAUCAGCAUUCCGGCCCCGGAUCCGCACUGGCGCGGCGCCCCGCACCACAGCUGGAUCGGCCGUCCGCCCAGCAGCACCUACAGCCGCAGCUUCUACAACCCCAGCGGCCGCGAACGGGACACCAUCAACACGCGCGGCUCGAGCGUCCUGAUCCCGGAUGCACUGGAGCCCUUGCCGACCACGCCAUUGCCAACCACGCCCUUCCCAGCCGCAACUGCGACCGCGAACUCACGCACGAACCCGAACUCGGAUCUGAGCUGGCUGAACCUCAACGCCGAUCGAUAG